CCGGUGUGUUGAUGUCACGCUGAUGCUAUAUGUAGCUAGUUGAAGGCUAGCCGUGUCAAGCUCACACAACUAUCCUAGCUUUCGAGACCAGUGUCACUGUUAUUUAGUGUCUUUUCAUCAUUUCGAAGUUUUAAUCAUGAUGCAAUUCAUACUUGGCUUCACUCUGGGGAACGUGGUUGGCAUGUUUCUGGCACAGAAUUACGAGGUACCCAAUAUUUCAAAGAAAAUCGAGGCCUUUAAGAAGGACGUGGAGGCCAAGAAGAAACCCCCAGAAUGAGGGACGGGAGACCAGCCCUGUGUGGCUAAAUAUAGCUAAUUGUAAUUAACUAAAGAUGUAGGGACAUUUAAGAACAAGAAUAUAUAAUAUAGUAUGUGUUAAAAUAUAAACAAAUUAGCCCUCAAGGUGCACAGUAUAUUCCUAGUGUCAAAUAGUGCCUCAAAAUCCCAUUUGUUUUUAAAAGUUGACAUGUUUUGCAUUGUAUUCUCUCUCUCUCUCUCUCUCUCU